CUCUCAGCCUGCAGCUGCCUCUCUCAGGGAACCAGGAGGCAGUUGCUGUGGCUCCAGGGGCUCGUGAGGGGGGUUCUGCGCCGCGAGCCCGGCCGGUCCCGUGCCAGUCUGUCUCCCUCCGCCGCCCGGUCCCGUGCUAGUCUGUCUCCCUCCGCCCGGCCGCACUCAGCACCGCUGCAGGAAGGGGGAGGGGCUGGGGCUGGAGGCCUCAGGCUUUCAGCGGAGCUGGGAGACCGCGGCACUGGGGUCCAGAGAGCGGAGAGUCCGAGGCUUCGAGGUAUCUUCGGCUAUUUGUGAAAAUGUCGGGUGUGAAAAGAAAAUUUGAGGAUAAAGACCCAGACUAUGAGGAUAUCUCAGUCUGUCGUCAGGAAAAGCGACAUAAAGCAGUUGAACAUUCAGCACGUGAAGCCACUCUGCAGAAGAUUGAAGUUAUUAUCAAGGAACAGUUUGCAAUGGAGAUGAAGAACAAAGAGCAUGAGAUUGAGAUCAUAGAUCAGCGCCUGAAUGAAGCCAGAAGAAUGAUGGACAAACUUCGUGCUUGCAUUGUGGCCAACUACUAUGCGUCGGCUGUGCAGCCCAAGAUUACUGAGGGUCCAAAACCAUAUGAUCCUACUAUCUUUAAUCACCCAGUCAUCAAGAAAUUUCUAGAAUCUCCUUCCCGGUCAUCUUCCCCUGGCAAUCAACGAUCUGAAACUCCAUCAGCCAACCAAUCAGAAACAGAUUCCGUCACUCAUCAAGCAGACACCUUUCUGGACAAAGAGAAUGAGCAGGAACAGCCCACUGCAACAAGUGAGGACAUACAAACUUUCAGAUCCGAGAAAAGAGCAGGGAGGAACACUGGCCAGGAUACCUUUGGAGUCCCAACCCCACAGGAGAUAGAACAGAGGUGUACCUACCUCACCACCAGUGAAGAUCCAUCGCGCCUUUACAUCAAGAAGACAAUUGUCGUUGGCAAUGUUUCAAAGUACAUUCCCCCAGACAAGAGGGAGGAGAAUGAUCAAUCCACCCAUAAGUGGAUGGUUUAUGUGCGAGGUUCACGGAAAGAGCCCACAAUUGAUCAUUUUGUGAAGAAGGUCUGGUUCUUUCUGCAUCCCAGUUAUAAGCCAAAUGACCUGGUGGAAGUCAGUGAGCCACCAUUUCACUUGACCAGACGAGGCUGGGGUGAAUUCCCUGUACGUAUUCAGAUCCACUUCAGGGACCUGCGCAACAAGAGAAUAGACAUCAUUCACCAGCUGAAGCUGGAUCGAACAUACACUGGCUUGCAGACACUUGGUGCAGAAACAGUGGUUGAUGUUGAACUGCACCGUGACUCUCUUGGCGAGGACUACCUUCCCACAGCUCUGGCUCCUUCUGGCUCCUCUACCGUGCUCCUUUCAUCAUCCUCCUCUUGCUCCUCCUCCUCCAGCAGAACACCUCAGUCUGUCACCCCUUUGCAACCUUCAAUGGCCUCCACUCCCCCAAUGACAUCAGCAGGAGCAGUGCACGUGUCUCUAGCUACUUUGAGUUCUGCCACUGGAAAGCACUUGCACGACUCUCUGGGAUUUACUUCAGAAAAAGUUAAGUUAGAAGUUCCUGUUAAAAGUGAAAUGGGACCGAGCAGUCACUCAGGACAGACCUCCCUGGAGCGUACACCAACCAGGCCAGUGGCCACUCAGAAGGUCACGUUUGGAACUCAUGGAAACUCAGCAUUCCAACCAAUCACAGCCAGUUGCAAGAUUGUCCCUCAGGGGCAGCUUCCCAGCCCUUCUGAUUCUCCAGGGAAGUCCUUCCAGCCCAUUACCAUGAGCUGCAAAAUCGUAUCAGGAUCGCCAAUCUCAACUCCGAGUCAUUCUCCUUUGCCACGUACCCCAACCUCUACGCCUGUACACAUGAAGCAAGGAUCAUCUGUCUCCGUAAUAAGUAAUCCCUACAUUAUAGUGGACAAACCUGGACAAGUGAUUGGAGUGUCAACAUCAAACACAGCAGGGAGCCCCACGACAAAGCAGACAGGCAUUUCACAAGGGGCCCGGUCACCCAUCCCCAAAAUGCACGGCAGCAGCUUCAUUGCAACGGCUGUGAAGCAGGAAGAUGCACUUUUUGCAGCUAUGCCCCCAUUGUGCCCCAUUGGAAGCCACUCCAAGGUUCAAAGCCCUAAACCUGUGACUGGGGGUCUCGGAGGCUUCACCAAGGUCAUCAUCAAGCAGGAACCAGGGGAAACAGUGGCUCAGCAGUCAGGGGUCACAGCUGUUUCUACGCAGCAGGCUGUGCAGCAGUUUGUGACUGUGAAGGGUGGCCAGGUGAUUGCAGUUUCUCCACAGAAACACAGCAGUGGACUCGGGACAGGAGUUACCCAGACCAAGGUCGUUGGGAUCCCGGUGGGUUCAACCUUGCAGCCAGUGGUGAAGCAGGCAGUGGCACUCAGUGGCGGACAGAUAAUUGUUGCCAAACCAGGCACCACCGUAGCCCGGGCUGUCAGUCAGAAGCAGAUUGUGGCGCAGGGGGUGGCGAAGGCUGUUGUGAGUGGAGCGAGCGGAACCAUUGUUGCAGCACCCGUGCAGGCAGUCACCAAGUCUCAGAGUUCGUCCACUGUGCAAAAAUCAGGUUCACAAGGCUCAGUUAUGGCAACGCUACAGCUUCCAGCCACCAACUUAGCCAACCUGGCCAAUCUUCCCCCAGGGACCAAACUCUACCUAACAACCAAUAGCAAGAACCCCUCCGGCAAAGGAAAGCUGUUGUUAAUACCUCAGGGGGCCAUCCUUCGUGCUGCUAACCCAGCAGCAGCGCAGCAAGUGCAGGGAGCAUCAACGGGCACGACUGGCAGCAUCCAGGGAACAGUAGUUAGUGGAUUACCCCAGCAGCUGGGUUACACAUCGUACAUCCUUAAGCAAACACCACAGGGCACUUUUCUGGUUGGCCAGCCAGUCACUCAGGCCUCUAUGAAGCAUGGACCUGCCAGUUCUGUGGCAUCUGGCGUAGCAGUGCAGGGGCCAUCUUCUACAAGCACCCAACAGCAGGCAAUCAGACUCUCUGCUACACAAAAAGCAGUGUUUGCACAGGUUGUCCCCAGUGCCCAGGCGUCCUCUCUGCAUUCAGCUGCCGUUUCCUCACUCGUCCAUUCUCCCUCACCUGACGGAGCAGCAAAGCCACUGUCUGUAGCGUCUCCUCUCUCUCAGCCUGGCACCACCACCCUGCGGGUAGCUGGAGGGGUCAUUACGACGGCCAGCCUCUCAACAGUAUCAGGAACAGCACCAGCAACCGUAGGAACUGUGGCUCUGCAGUCAGAGGUGAAGGGCUCCAGCCCUGCUGUGAUUCCUGCUGUGUCCACAGUGAAGGCCUCAGGCCAGCAGGCCUCCGUGCAAGUAUCCCAUGCAGAGCCCAGCACCACCCUGUCACCUUCUGUUGUUCCUGUUGGCUCACACACAACCCACGUGGUGGUUUCACAGCCCAGUGCUGGAGGACUCAGCAAGACCAGCAGUUCAGCUAGCUCUAGUGUGGCCUCCUUUGCAUCCAGUUCCAUUGCUGGAACGAGCACAACAAGUGGAAAAGCCACACCAACAGUAUCAGUGAAAGCUGAGCCUGUUGCUGCAGGUGCUUGCUUCAGCCCCACGAUACCCACAGCAAGCACUGUGAAAGUGGAGCAAGGAGGAUUGGAUGGGCCAUUUGAGAUUAUUGAUCUUGAAUACAUUGAGAAUGUACAGCAGCUACUGACUGCCAUCCUGAAGAAGGUGCCUCUGAUUGCUCCCAAAAAACAUGAGGACACCAACCCAUUUUGUGCUACGUCUCUGGAGCAGUAUUACAGCUGGAAUAUCGGGAAGCGGAGAGCUGCAGAGUGGCAGCGUGCAGUAACUGUAAGAAAGAUCCUGCAGGAGGUGAUGGAGAAGUGCCCACGGUUCAGCAACACAGACAUCAUGAAGACUAAGCAAAUCAUGUACUGGUGUCGGCAGCGUGGGUACACCCCCCCUGACCCAGAGACCGCUGUCACCGAAGAGGAUUCAAUGGAAGAUAUACUGACUCGAAUCGACAACGAGCCAGAGUGCCCCUCCACAUAUACCAUAGCCAGUGAGCUCUGUCAAAGGCUCAUGGAGGUGGAGGCCAUUUUGAAAACAGAGCCUGAGAGCGAUGAAGAGGUUGACAUCAUUGGCACAGCUGAGUCUUCUAAAGUGACAGUCAAGAAAGAACUGGAGGAGGAGGAUGAAGAGGUCAAAUUCUACAUGGGCCUAAUGCCAGCCAUGGAGUAUGCCAGAGACACAGCCCAGCAGAUUGGUGUUACGAUUGAACCUGUUGAGGUGGAGAGCCAUGUCUAUGCCCCGGUGAUCGAAGAAAUGAUCAUAAAGGCUGCUGAACUGUUUGUAAGUGACAUCCUUCGAGAGUCUUUGGGAAUCGCAUACCAGAGCACUCCCCAUAACAGAGUGCCCAAAGAACUGAGUGUAAUCAACAUGCACCAAGCCAUCUGUAACAUCCCUGUCUGCGACUUCCUCACCAACAAGUACAUGGGCAUGCUGGCUACUGAACAGACCCCACACCAGGAAUUAUGAAGGGCUUCACAUUCCUUCCUUUCCAUUGAAGACAGGGACUUGGCAAUGUCCAAAGCCGCCGUUACACUGACAGAUCACUGCAGCUUUGUGCCCACGAUGGUGAGGGUGAUACUACGCCAAUGCAUGUUGGUAGCUCUCGUCAUGGAGCCGCAGAAGCUUCUGGAAGUAGUGCUCCUGUUUGGAGCUGGCUGUUGUCAGGGGUUGGUUAGGAGCUAGAGCAGAAAUAUUUUUAUGUUCAUUCAGGCAGCUGGAAAAUGACAAAAUACUGGCACUGCGCAUUUUUGUGUCUUUGGAUUGGUAUGUGAUGGAGAAAACUGGAUUAAUGACAUACUUACACUGUGAUGGAGGACUUGCGUCGAAAUCUUCUUGCUUGAAUCUAAACAGCUCACACCUCUGGUCCAAAUAAUGUCAUCCCAUUGACAGAAGCAGCUUGUUAUUAUUAAAUGUCGACUUGUAAAAAAAAAGGUACCUCACAGUUUUGAAAUUCCACACCAUGCUUCAAGCCCUUUACAGACAGAAAUUAAACAGCCCAUUAGUGGCAGGAGUUAUUACGGUUUCAUCUUCACAAUCUCCCAUCCACCACCUCACCUUUAGCGAGGGCAGUAAUAUAAAGGCCUGGCAGUCCCUGACAGGUCUACUAGCUGCCCUCAAGCAGCCAGCUCUACAGCACCACCAACAGCUGAAAGCAUGUCAUCACCACCGACCCCAUCCAGUACCCUGGCUUUUGGGGAGGGCUGGCUAUAUCUUUGGGACAGAGAUGCCCAGAUCAGCUUUAUCUUCAAAGCCAUCAUCAUCUCUACACCUUGUUGAUGAAUGGCUCCAUUUCUGACCUAGCUCAACUGCGGCCAUUGUAUUUGUUGCUUGAGCUGUUGGGUUAACUUGGUUAGAGAGUUGCGUUGCGCAGCACAGCCAGUUAGCUUGAAUAGCAAGGUAGAUUCUUAUGUCCAAAAGCUAGAUGGUUAAAAAUUGCUGGAUAAGAUUUUAACCAGGCUGGAACAGUAAUGUGUUUAUUGUCCACCCUCUUUCUCCUUGUUCCUGAAGCUCAUCAGCAAGUUAAAAAAUCAGUUGAAUAAAAUCAAUUUGAGUUGAAAAAAA